CUGCUGCUCCAAAUCCAAACAGAGUUGGAAACUGAAGAAAGCGAGCCCAAAAUCUCCGUCAGUUGCGCGAAAGCUCCACCACCACUCACUCACCCACCCAUGCCGGCAACUCUCUUUCGUUUCCCCUCCCACUCGUACCUCACCAUCUCAUCCUCAUUAAACCCAAAACCUCCCCAAACCCCCAAACACACUCCCUCCUCCAAUCCCACAAUCGCCAACAACCCAGAGUUCUCUCUCUCUUUAAAGCAACCUCUUUCGCAAUCCGAUGCCGCUGUUAAGAUGCCCACAGCUCCGUGGAUGAAUGGCCCCCUUCUUCUCCCACCCCAUGAGGCUCUUGACCUCUCUAAACCCAACAGCAAAAAGAACUUAAACAAUGCCAGAGUCGAAAAGUCCGAUAAAGCGCUGACUGAGAAAAUUGGCGUGAGAGGGGAAAGAGCGGUGAACAAGAUCGUCAGGAGCAUCGAAAAGCUUCGAAUGAACGACGAUUCAGAUGAAACCCAAAAGGAUUCUGGUAAAUUUGGAUUUGGGGAUUGCUUGGAACAACUUGGGGAAGAUGACUGGUCGAGAUACGGAAGGAAAAUGCCUUGGGAGAGGGACGUGGGGUUCGCUCUUCGGAGAAUGAAGAAGGAAAAGGCGGUGACUGAGGCGGAAUUGAGGCUUGACAAGGCGUUGCUCGAGAGGCUGAGGGUUGAGGCCGCUAAGAUGAGGCGAUGGGUGAAGGUUAAGAAAGCUGGGGUGACUCAGGGAGUAGUUGAUGAGAUUAAAACGAUCUGGAGGAGGAAUGAGCUUGCCAUGUUGAAAUUUGAUAUCCCUUUGUGCAAGAAUUUGGAUAGAGCACGAGAAAUCGUCAAGAUCAAGACUGGAGGCUUGGUUGUUUGGAGUAAAAAAGAUACUCUUGUUGUCUAUCGAGGGUGCAGUUAUCAGCCGACUUCAAAGAACAUUUUAAAGACACGUGCUAGGCUUGCUGGCAGUCAAGCAGCACCUUAUUAUGAAACUGGUCUGCCGAAGUGGGAAAGAAACUAUGAAGUUUCUCUAACUAGCUCCAAUGAAAAUGGUGUAGAUGAAAAGAUGUGUAGAAGUGAAGGCGAGGGAGCAAAUUUGCCGCCUGGAAUCUCUUCAAAAGGGGAUUUGAAUUACCAACCAGUGAGUGGAUCACUUUAUGUGAGAGAAACAGAGAGAUUAUUAGAUGGCUUGGGACCUCGUUUCCUUGAUUGGUGGAUGGACAAGCCUUUGCCCGUAGAUGCAGAUUUACUUCCUGAAGUGGUUCCUGGAUAUAGGCCUCCAUUUAGACUUUGUCCACCUCGUGCCAGAGCAAAGCUGACAAAUGACGAAUUGACGUACUUGAGGAAGCUUGCUCACCCUUUACCUACUCAUUUUGUUCUUGGGAAAAACCGAAAACUUCAAGGCUUAUCUGCGUCCAUCUUAAAACUGUGGGAGAAAAGUCUUAUUGUGAAGAUUGCUCUGAAGUGGGGAGUCCCGAAUAUGAACAAUGAGGAAGUGGCAUUGGAACUCAAGCAUCUUACAGGUGGAGUUCUUUUGCUGCGUAAUAAGUUUCUAAUAAUACUUUAUAGAGGCAAGGAUUUCCUCCCCUGUAGAGUUGCAAAUUUAAUAGCCGAGAGAGAAACUGAGCUCAAAAAAUACCAACUUCAUGAAGAAGGUGCACGGGUGAAAGCAAUUGAAGCUGUCUGUAUGGAUAAUGGAUUAACAGCAAACACUAGCUUGUCCGGCACUUUAUCAGAAUCCAAGUAUAUCCAAACUGAGUUCAGUGACCUGGAAAAAGGAAAUACAGAGGUUGAAAUCAAAUUGGAAGCCGAAAAACAAAGAUUGGAGAGGGAACUAAGAGAGCAAGAGCGCAAACUUUUCAUUCUUAACAUAAAGAUAGAUAAGUCGAUGAAGGAAUUAUCAAAGUUGACUGGUGGAUGGGCGCCUACUGAGAUGGACGCAGACCGAGAAAUGAUAACGGAGGAGGAGAGAGAAUGUUUCCAGAAGAUAGGACUCAAGAUGGAUAGAUGUUUAGUACUGGGCAGGCGUGGGGUCUUUGAUGGUGUAAUAGAGGGCCUGCAUCAGCACUGGAAAUACAGAGAAGUAGUCAAGGUGAUCACAAAGCAGAGAUUGUUUCAACAAGUCGUUUAUACUGCUAAAUUCCUGGAAGCAGAAAGUGGAGGAGUUCUAGUUUCAGUAAAAAAGCUAAAAGAAGGUCAUGCUAUAAUUCUUUACCGUGGGAAGAACUACAGAAGGCCCCUAAAACGGGUGCCCGAGAAUCUUCUAACUAAGAGAGAAGCAUUACAAAAAUCCCUUGAGAUGCAGAGAAUCGGGUCGUUGAAGUUUUUUGCUUAUCAAAGACAGCAGGCAAUCAUGGAUUUGAAAUGCAAAUUGGAAGAUCUGCAGCAAAGCAAGUCUAUUUAUCAAAGAGACUGAAGUUUAGCAUGCCAUGGUUCCUCUUAUACGUUCAGUUUAUUUGAGGAACGAAGGAUGUAAAUAUCGCAUGCAAGGGGAAUUCUGCAUCUGCUGGGCUUCAUUAGUUCGCAAGUAAGGCUUUAACCUGUACUCAGUUAUUUCUUCAUAGAGAUCUUAGCCUUUUACUUAUUAGCUCCAUGCCAUAAAUUGAUGGCAAGUACCAAGAUU